AUGGUACAGAGAAAGCUAUCGUCAACCAUUGCCGAAGAGACGAACCAACCAUCGAAAAAACAACCCACAGCUCAGCGCAAACAAAAAGGGCUUCCAGCAACCACAGGCGAGAAUAUCGAAGUUUCUGCACCACAUCGUCAGGGAGCCCGCACAGGCGCUGGAGGCGGACGUAGCUCAAGACAGUCGGAAGAGGACGGGCAUGGGGAGACUGCAGAUUCAAGCACCGAUUACAACGCCAGUACUGAGGAUGUUGAGAGUGUCAAUGGAGUCGAGAGGGUUCGAAUGGAAGUUGAUACGCCCCGACGACUCGAAUCGAAUGUGUUAAUGUCUGAGCCCGGAUAUGGAGUUAGUAAUGGCGCCCCUAGAAUAAAGUCCCAUGCGAUUCACUCGACCCCCUUAAAGUCCGCAAGACCGUUGGACAGCAAUGAUGGCCCGGAUAUUCAGAAAAAUUUCGAUCGAUCAGCUCGCAGAAAAAGCACCAGAACGUUGAUAGAGCAGGCAGUGCUUGGCGCUACCAGUGACAACGACGAUGAAGAUGGGCAGGUUGCUCGGUACAUUUAUGAAUCUGAUGAAGAGGGGGAGGAUGAUGGCACAGAUGCCGAAGUAAUCGAUCAGUCGAUGGGUGCUAAUGAGGUUUCGGAAUCCCCUUCCAAACGAAAGAGUCAGGAGAAACAUGCUCAAAAUCGGCAAGCAUCACCGGACCCUACUUUGAGUGAUCUUUCGGCGCAUGAGAAAUACUUCUUUCAAAAUCGUGGUGGUCGAAUUAAGACGUCUGACAACAAUCUUUCUUCACUGGCGCUCCUUGAUCAUGAAGAGUAUUUCAACUUAGUGCGCAAGUAUGAAGAUCCGCAUGUGAGAGGUGUGAAGGCCGUGCAAGAGUUAUACGCAAGGUCCUUUCGUCAAUGGGACUUUGAGCUCUCCCAGCAAUUUAGUUUGUGUUUAUACGGCUGGGGAUCUAAGAAGUCGCUCCUCAUGAAGUUUGCCGAUCAUAUCUACAAAUCACGACCUGUGGGGAGUAGUUCCAAAAUUGUUGUUAUAAAUGGCUACGUGCAUAACUUGACAAUUAGAGAUGUUUUAAAUACUGUGGCAAGCGCUAUAGCCAACGCCAGCCAAAAGAUUGGAUCGCAGGCGGUGGAAAUGAUCGAUAGUGUGGUAGCGCUACUCGAGGAGAACCGUUCUCAACGUAUCACGUUGAUUGUUCAUUCUAUCGACAGAACAGCUCUCCGAAGGCCACUUGCACAUGCCAUACUUUCACGACUUGCUGCUCACCCACAGGUCCGGCUUGUAGCAUCCGCGGACCAUCCUUCAUUCCCACUGUUGUGGGACAGUUCUUUACGUGCUGCAUAUAAUUUUGUUUUCCAUGACUGCACAACAUUCGAGGCUUACAAUGUGGAGCUUGAUGUCGUAGAUGAAGUACACGAACUUCUAGGGAGAAGCGGUAGGAGGGUGGGUGGUAAAGAAGGAGUCAACUAUGUGCUGAAAAGUUUGCCCGAAAACGCUAAAAAUUUGUUUCGGAUCUUGAUAGGAGAGCAACUGGCCGUUAUGGAUGGCACCUAUGGAAAUAACGGCGGUGAACCACUGAACUAUGACGAUGUCAAUGAGCAUGAUUCAAGAUGUGUUCCAUCGAAUAAAACGGAUGCAGGCGUCGAGUAUCGAGUAUUGUAUCAAAAGGCUGUGGAGGAGUUCAUCUGUAGUAAUGAGAUGAACUUCCGCACCUUGCUGAAAGAAUUCCAUGACCACCAGAUGAUAGAGAGUAGAAAGGAUCCCUUGGGGGCGGAGAUGCUUUCUGUUCCAUUUAGAAAAGAGGAAUUAGCAAACAUGUUGGAGGACAUGAUGUCAUAA